GGGGCUUCAAAUAAUGUGUUUACAACUACUUGUAGUUACAGCAGGAGGAUCAUUGUGCUCUAUAGAUACUGAACUCACAGUACUUUUUGUGUGCGAUUUAAUUCUGCGCAAUUCACGAUGGUGGUAAAAUCUUGAAAAUAAUUGGCAUGAAAUUUAUUGAAUCCCCGGGGAAAAAUGACAUUGGGUAGAAAUGAUGCAUUGAACCAUUGUGCCAAAGGCUAGUAAAUGUCAACUUGUCAACAAGUCCUGAUCGACACAGAAGUAGCUUUACUAAACGACUUAUGUUCUGUGAACAAAGGAUAUAACUGUAAUGCAGGGUCUAUGCACCAACUUUCAUCAAUUACAAGAGCUUUACAUACAAGUUCCAUGUUUUGGUCUAAAGUAAGCAAAGAAUCUCUGAGUAAGCUGCGCAAAAAGACUGGAUUUACCUUCAGUAACUGCAAAAAGGCCCUUCAGAAAUUUGACAACGAUAUGGUCAAAGCUGAAGAAUGGUUACAUGAAGAGGCACAGAAAGCUGGAUGGACAAAAGCAACCAAGCUUCAUGGGCGUACAAUGUCUCAUGGUCUGAUAGCAUUACAGAGUGAGGCACAGCACACAGUCAUGAUAGAGAUGAACUGUGAGACAGACUUUGUGGCAAGAAACAGUAAAUUCCAGGAUCUUGUCUCAAGUGUCACGGCUGCUUGUGCUCAACAGACACGUCAAUGGACACAACCAAAGGUUGUUCUGGACCAAGAGGAGGUUGGCAAGCUGGUUAUAGGUGAUAAGACAGUAGCUGAUACUGUAGCUCUGGCUGUUGGUGACAUUGGGGAGAACAUGAGAGUGAGACGUCUGGCAUACAUGAACUCAACCAACAAUAGGGUUGGUUACUACGUCCACUCAGCUAAUUCCAACCCAGAUAGUCCCACAAAGUGUAUUAUGGGUAAAUUUGGAGCGAUGGUUUCAUUCACAGCUACAGAUAAUGACCGAGUGUCUAAACUCUCUUUAAAGGAGGUAGGAAGACAACUGGCCCAGCAUGUCGUUGGAAUGAACCCACAAAGUAUCGGUAAACCCUCAGAUAUUGAUGCCCAUAUAGCUGCCAGUUCUCAAUCUAAACAGGAACCAGAGCCACCUAUAGUUGCUCCCACAGAGUCUGACACUACUGGGCAGGCUGAAUCAGAACAAGAGUACAUUGACCCUGACCUUGAUUCUGAACCCCCUGCGCGCAGAGAAAAAGAUGACUCUAGAAUUAUUUUACAAGAUUUUCUAAAUGAUCCGGAUAUUUAUGUGUAUGAGUUCCUAGACCAAAACAAUGCAGAAAUACAGGACUUUGUCAGAUAUGAAUGCGGGGAAAAUAUAGAAGAAAGUUAACUGAAAUAAUGUAUAGCUUAUUAUGGUAAAUGUUAAAACUGUAUUCUAUCAGUUAAAGACUCCAUAUCUAUAUGGUAGAAACUAUAUGUUUCCCACAAAGCUCUGAGAUCAAUGUUUUCCUAUCUGUUUUGUUACCAAGGUGAGUGGAUGGUUUAGAAAAAACGGACAUGGAUUAUAUGAAGAAUUGAAAGUAAAACCAUUAAGAAUACUCCCUCAUGCCUAGUAAGGUCACAUUUGCUCUGAUUCAUGGGCCGGCGCCAAGCUAAUCGUAGUUUGAGUAGUUUAAAAAAGUUUGAUCAAUUUGAAGGAACUUGAAAUCAGUUUUGAACAAAAUACUGCAAUCACCUGGGGCCUGGGCACUGGCAGAUGAAUUGGAGCAAAUGUGACCUAGGCAUCAGUUGGCCUCAUCACUAA